UGAUGUGUUUCUCUAAUUUGAAAAUAGGCAUAGAACAAAGUAACAAAGACACCCCAAACUCACAGCGAUUUCCCUAGUUUGUGCCUAACACCAACAGCAUCUCGUUUCCUCUCUGUGUCACAGCUCUGAAGCUUCACAACAUCAAAUCCAAAAUCAUCCCUCAAGUGAAUGGAAGCCAUAAGAAAACAAGCCACGAAGCUUCGAGAGCAGGUUGCUAAGCAGCAACAGGCUGUUCUCAAACAAUUUGGGGCCGGUGGAUAUGGAGGUUCAGACAAUGUUAUUACGGAUGAAGCUGAACUCCAUCAACAUCAGAAACUUGAGAAGCUUUACAUAUCAACACGUGCUGGAAAGCAUUUCCAAAGGGAUAUAGUUCGUGGUGUAGAAGGGUAUAUUGUUACAGGAUCCAAACAAGUUGAAAUAGGAACAAAGUUGUCUGAGGAUAGCAGGAAAUAUGGUGCUGAAAAUACAUGUACCAGUGGUAAUACAUUAUCAAAGGCUGCACUAAAUUAUGGGCGUGCUCGUGCUCAGAUGGAGAAGGAACGUGGUAAUCUGCUGAAAGCUCUAGGGACACAGGUUGCAGAACCAUUGAGAUCAAUGGUAAUGGGAGCUCCAUUGGAGGAUGCUCGGCAUCUUGCUCAACGUUAUGACAGAAUGCGACAAGAAGCAGAAGCUCAGGCUAUUGAAGUCUCCAAACGCCAGGCAAGAGUAAGAGAAAUGCCAGGAAGUCCUGAACUUGCUAUGAAAUUGGAAGCUGCAGAAUCGAAGCUGCAAGACCUAAAGUCGAACAUGGCAGUAUUGGGGAAGGAAGCAGCUGCAGCAAUGACUGCUGUUGAAGCUCAACAACAGAGGUUGACCCUCCAACGGCUUAUUGCUAUGGUUGAAGCGGAACGUGCUUAUCAUCAGAGAGUUCUGCAAAUACUUGAUCUGCUUGAAAGCGAGAUGAUAUCUGAACGACAACGAAUUGAAGCACCCCCUAACCCAAGUGUGGAGAGCAACAUGCCUCCACCUCCUCCAUAUGAAGAAGUAAAUGGUGUAUAUGCUUCUCAAUCGCAUAAUGGCUCAACCGAUGGCAUGGGUUACUUUUUGGGUGAAGUUAUGCAUUCAUAUCAAGCUGAAUCUGAGGUAGAGCUGACUUUAUCAGUUGGUGAUUACGUUGUUGUUCGAAAGGUGACAAACAAUGGCUGGGCUGAAGGAGAAUGCAAAGGAAAAGCAGGUUGGUUCCCAUUUGGAUACAUCGAAAGAAGGGAACGCGUUCUAGCGAGCAAAAUAGCCGAAGUGUUUUAGAGAAUUUUUGCUGGAUUGGCUUGUGAGCUGAGGAUUUUGUGUGCUUGAUUUGCUCCGGCACCUCCACAUAUACUCAAAUGUGGAAGGACGUAUGGUCACAAAUAGAAUGCCAUAGCUUUCCUCCUUGUGAUAUAGAUACCAACAUUUUCUUGUGUUGUUAUUAAUAUAUGAAUGUAUUAUUUGUUGAUUUUUUUUCUUUGUGAAAGGAUGCAAUCAAGAUUUUGACCUAAAAAUUGUUGAUAUUGUGAAUUAUGAUGAUUGAAGAAAA